GUGAAAUUUUUUUUGUCCCCAUACCUCACUCCCUAUUUAUAAUUUCCCUUUUAACAAAAAAGCUGACUAAAAAGCAAAGAAGGUCAGCGUGGUAGUUUUAUGGUGAAAAAAAGGGGUUCUCUUUGUCAAGCCUCUUUGUUUAUAAACAGAGAACUCGAUCAUUGCUGUAGUUACAACCAAAGAGUCCGCAGAGAGCGAGCGAGCAAGAAAGAGAGAUGGGAAGACCGCCCUGCUGCGAUAAGGUUGGGAUCAAGAAGGGACCAUGGACGCCUGAAGAAGAUGUCAUACUGGUUUCAUACAUACAAGAACAUGGCCCUGGAAACUGGAGAUCGGUGCCCACCAACACUGGUCUGAUGCGAUGCAGUAAAAGCUGUAGACUCCGAUGGACUAAUUACCUGAGACCAGGAAUCAAACGUGGGAAUUUUACUCCGCACGAAGAAGGCAUGAUUAUCCACCUUCAGGCCUUGUUAGGAAACAGAUGGGCUGCCAUUGCUUCAUACCUUCCCCAAAGGACCGAUAAUGAUAUCAAGAAUUACUGGAAUACCCAUUUGAAGAAGAAGAUUAAAAAAUUCCAAGCAGCACUGGACAUUCAUACGGGAUCUGGCAUAAGCAACUCGCAGCUCAUUAGUCAGAACAGCAACCAGAGAUCAAGGUCAGAAGGCGAUCGUAUGAACUCAGAUUCCAGGCUAUGUCAGAGUUCGACCUAUGCGUCAAGCACGGAGAACAUAUCACGACUUCUUGAAGGUUGGUUAAGGUCUUCCCCCAAGUCGCCUCGCAAACCGCCAGUCCAACAGGUUGCUAGUGAUGCCACCGCCGCUGCUACUGCUAUCGGUGCAUGCAGUCAACCUAAGUCUGAGCAAUUUCAAGGAGAGCUCAUGUCGCAGGAAGAGCUAGACUCUCUACUCGCCUUCGAGAAUGUCAGCUGCCUUACGCACGAAAAAUCUUCCUCCGAUUGCUCCAUGAACGAAAGCAAACAAAGAAUUGAGGGCCACCCACCUCUCUCCAUGUUAGAGAAAUGGCUUCUAGAAGAGGCAGCAGGACAAGAGGAAGACAUCAUCAAGAUCCCAGAAGUUUGUCACCCGGACGCAUUGUUCUGAAGCCGUCUCUGUUCAGUAAAUAACUCUAAUAAUAAACUGAAAUUACUCCUUUCUUCCUUGAGUUUGUCAUUAUAAAAGAGGUAGUCAAUACUCCACUGGUUCAAAUUGUCCAUUGCGUUAUGCAUCCAGAAGAUCUUUCGCACCAUGAACUAUUUUCUUAUUUUAAGAUUGUAUCAGCUGCAAUAAUAUCUGGGGGGAACACUCGUUGCCUUUUCCGAGACCCUAAACGGGUUAUUAGAA